AUGUCGCUCCGACGAAGAAUUUUCUAUCUUUUAAUAAUCGUCGGAUUUUUAUUUGUUAUUGUUAAUAUACAUCAAAGAGCAAUAUGGGUACAACAAACGUUUCGUACGGAAUCACGUGGUAUCAUACCAGGUAUGAAAAUAUCAUCGUCGGAGCGAUCUGGACAAAAAAUAUCAACGGCAACAAACAGCAAUCAUGCCAACAACAGGAAAGAUGUAGAAAAUGAAAUUGAAAAUGAUGAUGAAAUUGAAAAUGGUGGAUCGUUAAUACAGGUAUUAAAAACAAAUAAUUCCGCGUUGAUAAACGAUAACGAAAGACCGUGGUUUUUCAACGGUGGAACACGAAGACCGUUACCGACUCGUGUCAAUAGAAAAACGGGUAGAAAAUUAGCAAAAUUAUGGCCGCACGAAGAUUGGGGAGACGAUAGAAUAAUAAAUCAAUUGAUGUUCGUACCCCCGCCGUCGCCACCACCACGGCCCGUGGAAAAAAAACCGGAAAAAUUAAAAAAAAUUUUAUUUUAUUUCGGUCUCGGAUCCUGGAAUUUAAAACCUGGAAGAGACAUUUUUAUCGAAUCGAAAUGUCCCGUGGACACGUGUACCGUGACAGCAAGUCAAUCCGAAGCACAAAAUGCCGAUGCUAUUUUAUUUAAGGAUCGAUUCGUACAUCCCGGACACAUACGUCACUCCAGACAGGUGUGGAUAUUGUAUUUUUUGGAAUGUCCCUAUCACACGCAACAUAUCAAAUUUAACGAUGUUAUCAAUUGGACGGCAACGUAUAGACGCGACAGCGAUAUAGUGGCACCUUACGAACGUUGGGUUUACUACGAUCCUAAAACGAAACAGAAAACUAUACCUGAUAAAAAUUACGCGGCAAACAAAACAAAAACCGUUGCAUGGUUCGUAUCGAAUUGCGCGGCAAGAAACAACAGACUUCAAUAUGCCAACGAAUUGAAAAAAUACAUCGGGGUGGACAUAUAUGGGGCAUGCGGUAGUAAAAAAUGUCCGAGAUUUCCAGUCGAUUCCAAAGAAAUGUGUUUUCAAAUGCUGGACAAAGAUUAUAAAUUUUAUCUCGCAUUUGAAAAUUCAAAUUGUCGUGAUUACAUAACGGAAAAAUUAUUCGUUAACGGAUUGGGGAGAGACGUACUGCCCAUAGUCAUGGGUGCACAUCCGGAAGAUUAUGCUAAAAGCGCACCGGAACAUUCAUACAUACACGUUGACGAUUUCGAAUCACCCAAAGCUCUUGCUAAUUAUUUACACGCACUGGAUAAAAAUGACGAUUUGUACAAUUCCUACUUUUUAUGGAAAGGUACUGGAGAAUUUAUAAACACUUAUUUUUUCUGCAGACUUUGUGCCAUGUUACACGAUAAUUAUCCAGCGAAAAGUUACAAAGAUAUUAACGAAUGGUGGAGAGGGCCUGGAGUUUGCACGCAACGGUCUUGGCGCGAAUCGUAA